AUGUCAUCCUCAUCGUCAGAUGGCGUAGAUGAAGCUGUUGAAGAAAUGUUCGACCAAGAAUUUGAUAAUAUCAUUGACUCCCUAGUUGAUGUUCAAGCCAACAAACCGAAGAGACGAGCUUAUAUCGAAAGAGAUCGGGAACAAGGCCACAAUCAACUAUGGAACGACUAUUUCAAGGAACAUCCUACAUACCCACCGGACAUGUUUAGGUGGCGUUUUCGAAUGAACAAGCCUUUAUUCCUUCGCAUUGUCGAUCGCCUCAAUAAUGAAGUUCCAUACUUUGAGCAAAGAAAAAAUGCUCACGGCAGGUACGGGCUAUCUGCACUUCAAAAGUGUACAGCAGCUAUCUGA